UGUGUAUCCGGCAGCCCUCAUCGCCGUUUUCGUCUUUUCCGUCUCCAGAUCAAUCUCAGAUCGGGAAUAUGGUUGAAUUUGGAGCCAGUAUCCGUUACUAUCCUCUGCUUCAUCGCCUAACAAAUAUCGAACGACGGAUCAAGAUAAACAGUCUUCUCCUCUGUUUCUACAGCAUCUACAAAUCCCGAUUAAUUUCCUGCUUAUAUAUGAUAAUCGCCUUUCUUCGAUAACUGGGAAUAAAGCAAAAUAACCAUCUUGGCCGUCCAAAUUAGAGGGAAAGAAAGCACCUGACUUCUCUGGAAUGUUCGAGCUUGUGUACAAUGCCAAUAUAAGGCACGAUGAUCAUCAGACCAUUUUCCAUAUUCAUCACCCAAAAGCCUCCAAUCCUCUCCCUUUUCAAUUUUCACUCACUCUUCCUCCUUCCAGAGAAUGAGCCGCCACCCAAUUGUGAAGUGGGCACAGAGAAGUGACAAAGUUUACAUCACUGUUGAGUUGCCUGAUGCGAAGGAUGUAAAGCUCAAGCUUGAUCCUGAAGGGAGAUUCAUCUUUUCUGCUACUAAAGAUGAUGUCCCUUAUGAAGUUGACAUUGAAUUGUUUGACAAGAUCAAUGUAGAGGAGAGCAAGUACAACAUUGGUGUGCGAAGUAUUGCCUAUGUUAUAAAAAAAGCAGAAAAAAAAUGGUGGAACAGGUUGAUGAAGCAAGAAGGAAAACCUCCUGUGUUCCUCAAAGUUGACUGGGAUAAAUGGGUUGAUGAAGAUGACGAGAAUGAUGGAGGUCGCUUGGAUUUUGAUGACAUGGAUUUCUCAAAGUUAAACAUGGGUGGGGACAAUUUUGAUAUCGACGAGUUGAAGGAUGAAGAAGAAGGAGCAGACACCGAAGAAGCAUCAGAAGGGAAAGAAGCAGAAACAGAAACUAGUACAUCGGCUGCUGAGAAGGCUAAGGCUUGAUUGUCUUGGAAAGCAACAAGUCUAGUUUCGAUCUUGUUAUAAUUUUGACUAGGUGUCAUCCUUGAUCUGUGAUUUUGCUUAAGGACCACAAAGUAAAAAGCCUGUAGUGGGAAACUAGCUGUCUACUUGCGCUUCAUGUAUGAAUUUUUCUACUGGAUAAAAAUCCCUACAUGUUCAUCAAGUAACCCCUUUUUAGUUUA